UAGCUUGAGCAUCCCAUUGGCUACUGCUGCUGCUGCUAAUCAGCAAAGGAACUGGAUGGUAGGCAGCUGCAGAGUUCUUUUCCUGUUCCCUUCCCAGCAGGCAGCAUCUGUGCCUGUGCGGGUGUGAACUGACACCUGAAAGACCUUAGAACUGUACCCACCAUGCAGCCAGGACAGUUUCUCCUUUCACAAUAAGGGUCAGCUGUCCACACCACUGCCUUUUGCCACUCCUCUGGGUUGCCCAGCCUGGUGGAUGGCCAUGACCACUGCUAACCUCAGAUGAGAACCCAAAGACAUUGGUUGACACCCAGAGACAAAACUCAGCGACACCUGGCUGCUUUUACUGUGUUUGAGUCCUCACUAGUUCUGCUGAAGACAUCAGUUCACUAUGGUGGAGUACUAUGAAGCACUGGGCCUCCCCCGAAACGCUUCCCUAGAUGACAUUAAAAAAGCAUACAGGAAGAAAGCUCUCAAGUGGCACCCAGAUAAAAACCCAGAUAGCAAGCAAUAUGCAGAACAGAGAUUCAAGGAGAUUGCAGAAGCCUAUGAAGUACUUUCAGACAAGACCAAACGUGAUGUCUAUGACCACUAUGGUAAGGAUGGACUAAUGGGAAGAGGUAGGCCUGGAGCAUCAUCUAGGGCAAACAUGGGCCCUGAAUAUAUGUUCCACUUCCGCAGUGCCCAUGAUGUCUUUAGGGACUUCUUUGGAGGAUGGGACCCUUUCUUUGGAGAGCCAAUGGCCUUUGGUGCUUGCGCUAGUGGAGGAAAGGGAUUCCGCUUCUACUCUUCAUCAACUAAUUUCAUCAACGGCAAACAAAUUACCACUGCAAGAAUUGUGGAGGAUGGGCAGGAGCGAGUGGAAGUUGAAGAGGAUGGAGAGCUUAAAUCUGUUCUCAUUAAUGGUGUGCCUACUGACAGAACAUUCAUUAGGGAAGCUGGAGGGCACUGCAUUCGUGGUGAGCCCACCAGAUACAGGUCUGCACCUCAGUUUAGUUACCAUGAUGAAUAUGACUCUAAACCCAUCUACGAGGUGCACAGCAUGAGGCACGUGUUCCCCACCAAAAAGAAUAAGGGCUACACAGCAGGAGAUGAGUCCCCUGCAGAGGACAAUGAUUCUCGCACAGACAGCGAGUCUCAUGCAGAUGAUGGGUUCGAGACUGAGGAUGACGAAUCCCAUAUUGAUGAGUUCUAGCAGCAUGCUGCAUAUGAAUUAAAUCCCAUAUAUUGGUGGCAAGUCAGGAGGCACUUGCUAGGCAUGCCUGAUACCCAUACAGUGAAGACAUUGAUGAGAAGAAGUAAUCAACCAGUAGAUGCAAAAGGGACCUUGGGUGGAACUAGGCACCUGUGAGCUGGGAGAAGCUGGCUGCCAAGAAGAAUGUCAUUACAACAGAAAGGAGAGGUGAGAAGGACGGGGAGAACAUCAAAAUGAUGAAUGUAACCCCUUGAACAGAGAAAACAGUCCCUUGCCGAAGGGAACAGGAUCACUCCUACAAGUAACAAAUCAACUUCACUAUGGUUGAAGAAGGCUCACUCAGGCAAAAACAUAUCCUCUAAGUCUACUUGCUUACCAAUAUAGUGAGAACUGAAAAUUAUGGGAUCCAUUAGGACAGAGGUUAGCAAAGGGCAAUGGGCUGUUUAAUAAAGGUUGGGAACAGUGA